CGUCCUCGGUCGCUAUCAUGGAGCAAGCGUACACAAACACGGCUGUGGACGUAUCAACUUAUUCGGAUUUUUGUUCUCACUCUUUUACACAAGACAAUGAGGCUGUUACUGGUCAGGGGAGGUCGCAACGAUGUGGACAUUUACGCUACAAGUUUCACUUCGCCCUGAAAAUGGUUGAGUGACUUAAUCCGGCGUACUGCCGACGUUAGCUAAAAAGGACAAGUUAGCAGCUGCUAGCCGAUUGAACCUGUACGUCUGCUCGGUGUCAGCGAAGAUCAGCAGCCUCAGAGGAUGCAAGUUCCACAAGAUCACUUCUUCUACCAUUCAUAUUCGAGGUUGAGAGAUCAUGCAAGUCUCGAGAAGGAGAGACGGCUUUUGGUUGAAGAGCAGAAGAUAUGCAAAUCCCGAGCACGCAAAUUCUCCCUGGAAACCAACCGACGCAGAAAGGCUUUGGAUGAAAGACGGAAGCAGUGGGAUGUGCAGGAGCAAUGCCUAAGAGACCACAUCCUCCAGCAACGCAGACUGCAAGUACAGGACGCAACUGAGCGUUUCCAAAGAGCACAUUUACCCCCUUCUGAGAGGCGCCGACAAUCUUUUAAAAGAAAUGUUGCAAAUAUUGAAGAUGCACUCCAUCAAAUUCAAGGCACCUUGAAUUCGCACACUCGGCAGUCCUCUUUCUUGUCCAGCAAUAUAAAUGUUAAUGGAAGCUGCUCCCCAUCUCCUAAGCCACCCACAGUUUCUAAAUCCUCCCACCGCCAAGCGCUUUCUGCUGUGGAGGCCUACACAAAACUCCUCCUGGAACAGAGCAGAAUAGAGAGCGAGCACGAUCACAGUCCACAGGGUAGCCACCUGUCUGAUUCUUGUCUUUCUGAGAGCCUUUCAAGUAAGGAUAGUUUAGAAAAUGAGGAUUUCAACCACCUCACAAAAACUCUGCAGAGUUCCUAUUCAUCACUCUUGCUUGGCACAGAGAGGACCCAUCAAGACCUAAGAAAGCAAAAUGACUUGUGUCAUCAAACAUCAGACUUCUCAGCGAUGAUGCUUCUCGGUGAUAACUUAGUCCAAGCAAAUAAGCGGCAUGAACCAAACCAGAAAAAACUAGAUGAAUCUGGAUGGUGUAAUAAUAAGAUAAAUGUUUCUAAAGCCUCGUGGGAAUUCACAUCUAUUGAACAAAGACUUAAGACAGAGAUCCAGCCUGCUCUGAACAACUGUAAUUUAUCAGCUCAUAGUGAAAAUGUUAGUGCUGACCUAGAGCCCUAUGAGAUGAAAACUCGACAGAACAGCCCCGGUGGCAACAUCAUUAUUGCAAAUAUAGCUGCUCUUGGCAACGCAGCACUCGAUUCUUCCUAUCCUAAACAAGAGGGCCUCUUGGCUCACAAACAGGAGAGGAUCCAAGAUGACAGACAAUUAAAAUAUCCAACUACAGAAAUUCCUUUGCUUGCCAAAAAUAGCAACAGCAAAGACAUUUUGUUUGGGGAUCCCCCAAAGCCAAAUAUUUUCUUGUACAACAGUACAACAGACAAUUUGUCAAGAGAAAGCGCUCUUCAGCAAACAGGAAAAGAAAACAGCGCUCUGUCAUCUCACAAAGAAUGCAGUGCUUCUACAAACAAUCUCAAUAAGGUUACAAACUCAGACUCCAAUACUAAGAAGCCAAUAAAUACAAAACCCAUGGAGCAUACCUGCUUGUCUAAUAUUCAGUCAGAUACGUACAAGUGUCUUGAAUGUCCUGAGAAGGAAGUCGAGAAAAUACCUUUGUCAAUAGAGACGUCUGAUUCGGUAUGUGAGGUCAGAUAUAGUAAGGGAAUUCUUAAAAAGCAGUCCAAAUACAUGGAUUCCACUUGUGUGUAUGGCUCAGGGAAUUUGAUUUUUGCAAAACAAGUAGCUUUAGCGAUCAGGGAUAGUGUUGAAUUAGCACGGAGAAAAACAAGGGACCUGGGGGGCAAUAACACUGUCAAAAAGAAGCUGCGUUGGUUUGAUGAAGUGCAUGUGGAAAAAGAGAAAGAUAAACAGAACAAAAUGAAAGGCAAAUCCUUCAAUCUCUGUCAACCAAAAAACAACUCGAACGACCACCAGCUAAGCCUUAGUGCGUUCUCAGGGACUCCCAAGACUGGACCCGGCAUGACCCCUGCAGCCUCCACUGGUUAUCAGUUUACAAAAGAAGCUUGGGCAGAUGUUCAAGUCAACUUGCCCCAGCAACAAACCGAUGAGGUCAAGGUACACCGCAACAGCAUCAGAGCCAGUGCCCCCAAGGUCCCUCGGAAAGAGCACUUUGGCAGAGCGGGUCCUGUUUCCUCACGAACAAGAAAGGGCACGGUCAUACGACCUCAGUCUGCCACCGAGGUUAGUCAGAUUGCCAAAACCCAAGGGAAGGUCAUGGUGCCACGUCCACCUCCUCGGAUGGAAUCUGCGGAGGAAAAGACGCCGUGCAUCACCAAAAUUCCAUAUGGCAGGGAUCACGCGAGCGCCAUCAACAAACGGGCCAUGGCUGUUGAGCAGGUCCUGAACAAGAAUGACUCAGAGGGCCAUUGCUCAGCUAAAACGCAUAAAGAAAUAACAACAGAAAAUACUGUUUUAGACACACCACUGCCACCGUCAUACGCCUCCCCACUUUCAGAGGGCAUUGUGACGAGCAUGCCCAGUUCAAGUCAUCAGGACACUCACCACUACAGAAGAAGGGGGGGGGAUGCAUGUAAUGAAAAAGACUUCUGUUUAGAUUGUACUCCCACAGAUGAAGAAAUUUCACAGCUCUGGCAUGGCGUCCGCAGUGCCUUAACCACAAAGGAUGCAAAACUGAUACUGAAAGCACCAGCCCUGGAGAGAGGGCGAGUCUUAAGGAAGCCCUGUACAGAGAAAGGCAGACAGGCUCCUGGCUCAGAGAAUAGAAGACUUCAUCAGAUCUCUCAGCAAACAAAGCAAACAGCAAAGCUGCUCAGAACAUUACCAAGCACUUACAACUCAGCCUUUCCAAAUGAAGAUUUUGAGAGUGCAGCCCAGUUACACCUCGCUGAAGUGCAUGCUAAAGGCCAUCUGGAAGAAAAGGGUAUAGUGGCUGCCAUGGAGACAGUCCAAACACAGAGAUCUGGAACAGUAGACCAGUACAGCCAACAGCAGGAGCUCACCAGCAUUUCCUUGGAGGAGAAGAAAAUUCUGCUUUGUCUGGAUCGACUCAACCACCAGCUUCAAUGUGUGCAGGAGCGUGUUGGGGGCAAUACUAGCAUGCAUGGUCUUGUACUUAGUGAUGCACCCUAUACAAGAGAAGUGAAAGCAUCAAACCAUAACAAACACUGUGGAUCCUCGGCUAACAAUCACUCUCGAUACCACCAGAAGUCCUGACUUGAAGCUUGUGUUCGCCACAGCAGUCUUGAGCCCUCGUCGGUGCACUUUAUGCUGAAGCAUGUUGUUGAAACAAGCACUUAUUACAAAACAAGGAAUUGUGUCUUUUUAAGUAACUAAGGAUCUGAAAUAUAAACAGCCUUGAAUUGCAAAGACAAAAAAAGACAUAUCAGCAGCCUUAGAGCACACUUAAGCUACUGACUAUCAAGCAAUCGAAGUCUGAAGUGCCUAUUUAAAUGAGAAAGGCUUUAAUCUGUUUUUAUGUUACAAAAUGCAAAGAUGCUCUUGUUUCAAUCAAUACAUGACCAGCCCUGACUGCAAAAUAUACAAACACUAUCAAAUUGUAUAUGUUAAAUGUUUAAAGGUGUACCAUUCUGUAUUUAUUUUGCAUAGUAACACUAUGACUUGGUGGACUGUUUUGCAGCAGUUCAGCAGUGAACUGAAUAAAUGUUGUUGACAGUUUGCUGAUAAA